GUAUGACGUCAUCCCGCAGCUACUGAUAGGUGUACGGUGGGGACGCCAUUUUGUUUGUUUGCGGCGAGGGAAGACGAUCCUCUUCACUCUCGCCGCCGGCUGCCAGCUUGAUGAACUCAGUUAGUUUUGUUUGUGAAUUGCAUGAAUAGAGUAUUCUGGAUCAGCCAGCAGAGCUUCCAGAGAUGCCAUCAAGAACAGCAUGGUGUAAAAGCAAACAAUGGCCGACAUCCUAACUAAGCUUUUGGCCGCUCGCCGGACUGGGCAGCAGGUGCUGCGAAGCAGCCUUGCAAUGGAGGCGCCAUAUGAUGGCAGUGAAGUAACUGUGGUAAUGGAAGAAAUAGAAGGCACAUACAGCUAUGCGUCUCCAGUGCCAUCUAAAAAGAAGAAGAAAUAUAGAAGUCCUGGAGAUCAAGGCGAAAAGGCUAAAAAACCCAGAUCUGCAUACCUUCUGUAUUACUAUGAUAUAUACCUGAAAGUUCAACAGGAGCUCCCCCAUCUUCCUCAGUCUGAAAUUAAUAAGAAGAUCAGUGAGAGCUGGAGGCUGCUCAGUGUGGCUGAAAAAAGUUAUUAUCUGGAGAAGGCUAAGUUAGAAAAAGAAGGAUUGGACCCGAAUUCUAAGCAGUCUUCUCUGGGUGCUGUAGUUCCGGACAUUCCAGGUUUCCGUAAAAUCCUACCUCGUUCAGAUUACAUAAUUAUUCCCAAAGGCAACCUCCAGGAGGAGGGAAGCAAACAGCACUUGGAACUGUGCAUGGCCCAAGGACAAACAGCGUCAGAAGGACUAACAGCUUCUGCUAACGUCACGGGUGUUUCCCACAAUGCUGUGCAAAACAUCAUUUCCGUAGACUCCAGCCACAUGGGCAUUUCCGAGCAGUGCAUUACCAUUGAAGGAGUUGCAGAAGACCCAGCCUCGCUUGUUCAGUCGGACACAAUAGAAGAAGUUGUUGCAUCAGAGGUCCUGUCUCAUGUCCGACCUGCUUCACACAAAGUGGGUGGGGAUGUCAUCCUGGAUGAAACCCCUCUGGAACUAGGAGACAGCUAUCCCUAUCAAACAACCAGUGUGGUUAUUGAAGAGACUCUGGUUAAUGGCUCAGAUGCCUCUAAUGGGAGCCUUACUGUGGCACAACCACAGGUUUCAGAUGGCCUCUCUGUGGUGACGGUGGUGACUAGGAGAGAUAGAGAAGAAAGUAAUUGUGUAACACCUGCUGCACAGUUCAUUAUGCUCCCUCUGCCAGCCCACUCUGUUGUGGAAAACCCAGCAUCAAUCAAACUGACAACCACCUAUACUCGCAGAGGGCAUGGUAAUUGCACCAAUGCUGGCUGUUCCUUCACUUAUGUGACCAGACACAAGCCACCAAAGUGCCCAUUGUGUGGCAACUUUCUGGGAGGGAAGUGGAUCCCAAAGGAUAAACAAUCUAAAGGCAAAUCCGAGCCAGCUUCAGGUGUGCCUUUGAAAACGCUGAGGCCCAAAAGAUGUCAGCAGCCGUUAGCUUUGGGACAGGCAGUGCUUCAGAACAGCACCUAUAAAUCACCACUGGAGAGCUCUGAAGCUGUUGCCCAGCUUCUGAAUGCAGCUCCUCUUGGGGAGCAGGUGCAGGAGACUGAAUGGGAAGAGGUGAUAAUCUCUGAGGCUCACAUCCUUGCAAACAACACACAGCCAGAGGAGCAAGGAAAUGCCGCUGCAGUUAUGGAGCUUCAAGAAGGCACUGCACAACUUGACUCUUCUUUAGAACAGAAGGAGAGGGAGGGGCUUGAAACACAUUCAUCUACUGAGGUGGUGAGCCCUACAAACUCACUUACAAAUCUGACGUCUGCCAUGAAACCUCAAACAGGAGAUGAUGCACUUGGCACUUCACUCAAGGGGCAGGAGCAGAAGAGCAAAGCAAGACCCAAGCCAUCUUUGCUGGCUGCUGCAAGGCCCAUGAGAGCAAUACUGCCCGCCCCAGUCAGCCUGGUGAGAGAAACCAACACAGAGCAGCCCAACUGCAGACAACCGCUUCCAAAUAAUGUUCAAGACAAAAAUUCUCCUGCAAGAAUCUCAGGACUGAAACCUAGUACUUUGAAGCAGUUGGGUCAGUCUCCACUUCAGUCACCUGUUGUUGAAGAGCACAAGGUCCAUGAUGGCACAAACAGCUCAGCAUCUCAGGUCAAAGUGAUGGAGGUCAAACCAGAUGUAUUCCAUUCCUAUAAGUACAGCUGCACUGUUACCUUGGAUUUAGGCUUGGCGACCUCACGAGGUAGAGGGAAGUGUAAAAACCCUUCUUGCAACUAUGUAUACACUAAUCGGCACAAGCCACGUAUCUGUCCCAGCUGUGGCUACAAUCUUGCUAAAGACAGAGCUGAAAAAACGGUGAAAUCCCUGGAAGUCACUUCUAGCCCCACAGAUGUGUUGAACACCAAUGAGCCUCUAAUCCAAUCCCAAAAAGAGAUUCAACGUCAGUCCACUCUGCAGCUUCUACGUAAAGUAAUACAGAUCCCAGAGAAUGAAUCUGAGCUGGCUGAUGUCUUUGCACUGAUUCAUGAACUCAACAGCUCACGGCUCAUCCUGUCCAACAUGAAUGAGGAGACGGUCACCAUUGAGCAGACUUCUUGGUCAAACUAUUAUGAGUUUCCAUCAUCACAGUGCCUUCUUUGUAGCAGCACUUUAUUCAAAGGGGGACCCAAUUCUCUUGCUGGCCCUCAAGAGUGCUGGCUGUUGACAGCAAAUCGGCUGCAGCUGGUCACUGCUCAGCUCAAGGUCUGUGUGAAUGUGCAGUGCUUGGCCCUCCAUAGCUUCAAUGAUAUCUACACAGGCUUGUUUAAUGUGGGAAACAAGCUUCUGGUGAGUCUGGAUCUUUUGUUCACGAUAAGAAAUCAUCUUAAACUUGGUGAGGAUCCUAAAGUGGCAGUCAGCAGCAUCUUGGAAUCUGUGCAAGAACAAACUGAGAGAAACCUGAACAGUGAGGAGUUGAGUCAGCUGGAGGAGCUGCUGUGCAAUGGCUAUUGGGCCUUCGAGUGCCUCACUGUCCGGGACUACAAUGAUAUGAUCUGUGGAGUCUGUGGCAUUGCACCCAAAGUUGAAGUCGCCCAGCGGAAUGUGGAGAAUGUUUUGUCACUGAAAAAUAUUGAGUUUACCUGGCCAGAAUUCUUGACAUCUAGUGAAGUAAAUGUAGAAGAUUUCUGGUCCACCAUGGAAACGGAAGUGAUAGAACAGGUGGCAUUCCCCUCCAGCAUUCCUAUCACAAAAUUUGAUGCUUCUAUCAUAGCCCCCUUCUUCCCGCCACUCAUGAGGGGCACUGUGGUGGUCAACACAGAGAGAGAGAAGAACCUUGAUGCACAUGUUAUACCAGGCAACCCAAGUGUUCUAGUGAGGCUGAUUCAAGAGGAAACCUGUAAAAUGGAACAGAUUGGUUCUUACAGUGAUGAAGAACUACAGAAUUUUUUGUCUCAGUGCAGCAUUCCCUGGGAGGCAGGAGAAUCGAAGGAGCAGCUCUGUCUUUCCCUUUUGGCUUUGUAUGAUUUUGUACAGAAUGGGACACCAAUCAGUCAGCCUCCUGCACACUUCACUGGAGGGAAAAUCUACAAAACGUGUCCACACCAGGUCAUGUGUGGCUCAAAAUAUAUUGUGAGAGGGGAAAGUCCCCGGGACCAUGUGGACCUUCUAGCCUCAUCGCGCCACUGGCCACCAGUCUAUGUGGUGGACUUGGCCACUUCUGUGGCAUUGUGUGCUGAUAUCUGCUAUCCUGAUUUGACUGCUCAGAUGUGGGGGAGGAACCAGGGUUGCUUCUCUGACCCCAUGGAGCCUUUAAGGUAUGUGUCCUGCCCAGAACUUCUCGACAGGCACUACAAUGUGGAUAUGACCAGUGCUGAACAUUCUGUUCAGCACCCAGUCACCAAAUCGCCAUCCCGCCGGGUAGUUCACACGGGGACAGAGCAGAGCACUCAGAGUGACCCAACAGCUCAGCACCAUUCCCUCUCUCUCUGCUGGGAACUAGAACCCUACGGUGCCAUCAUUACAGCCAUCAAUGACAGCAAAACCAGUAAUGUCCGCCAGAGGUCUAUAACCUUUGACAAUGCAACUCACUAUUACCUCUACAAUCGCCUGAUGGAUUUCCUCUCCAGUCGAGAGAUUGUGAACAGGCAGAUUCAUGAGAUUGUGCAGAGCUGCCAGCCUGGUGAGGUGGUGAUCCGGGAUACGCUGUACCGUCUGGGUGUGGCACAGAUCAAAACAGAAACAGAAGAAGAGGAGAUUCAAGGAGAGGAUGGUGUUGUUUAACCUGCGCUGAGGGGGUCAUCUUCUAGUGCUAGAGAAGAGAGCUAGGCUGUCACAAAGACCUCUACAGAUACCCCGGGAAGUUUUUCAUGCAGAUGCACUCCAGUACUGAAAGGCUGUGACAGCUUAUAUUGGCCAAAGAGUCAUGUGCUUCCAUAAACUCUGGAUUUCUCCUUUGGGCCUUGAGAUCUGCAAGCAGCCUUGCUGUGAAAGGGCAGGUUCCCCUUCCCAAAGGGCUGUUUGGAUCCUUAAGCCAGCCAGCAUAGAUAAGGAAGAGGAGACAGCUUCCGACUGCUUAGAAGGGCAGGCUAGAGAAGGCAAAUGGAUUGACAAAAGAUCACUUGACCUAUUUUUUCUGUGUACACUGCUGGGUGUUAGGAUACGAAGGGGAAAGAAGGGGAGAAAAGGGAGCAGGGAAGUGUUAGGAGUCUCUCAGAAGAGUAACUGAGUAGGUGGCUGUCAGAACGUUUGGGCUGUUACUGGGCUUUGUUCUGACAAGACGAACUGAUAAGCUGAUCUUUUGGCCCCCAUCGAUAUUGAAAGGGGAAGAGCAGAUCUAGUCUUAUAACUAAUUCUGCCUCAACCUGAGAAGCUUCUAAAUGUAUUUAGUGGCUGGCAUUUGGGGUGAGCUAUAAUGUCUAUGUGCAUUAAGGUAAGGAAUGCAGGUAGUAAUUAUCGUGGCCUAGUUUUACAAAGGCUCUUAAGGGAUUUUCAGGCAACUCAGCUAUUGAUCAGGAGAGGAUCCUCAAACCUCUGCAAUCACUCUUUUCGGGCACUUUACUUUACAUCUCACCCAUGGACUUAAUAAAUGAUUGUCUAUUUGUAUGCUGCAAAGAGUAUUUGUGGAAGAUUAGUUGGGUUCAGUGAACACAAUCUGACAAGAGAUGCUUUUCUAAUUAUUUCUCUGACUAAAACAUGUCAGGGAAACUGCAUAAUGCUUGCUUGUAUGGGCAUUUGGCAAACCACUACACUAUUCCCAAUUCCAGCAUUAUAGAGCUGACUUGGUUGAGAUUUGUAUUGUAGUCGGCACUUUGUUCUGAGGAGACCAGCAUUGUUCUUUCCCACAUAAUAUGAUGAACCAUGGUAUGUAAACUCUUUGCAUUUGCCACUGAUUCCCUUUCACUCUUGGCUAUCCAUACAUCUGAGAACUGUGUUCUGCUGCAGCUGAAAAUGGGAAAUCCUGCCGUGUGGGGGAGGAUUUCCACUAUGUUUAUUCAUUGGGUGGACAGAUUUGUGGUGUGGAUUUAAAAACUCCCUUCUGUGAAGGAUUGUUGUGUGGACUUUGUUGUUUUAAAAAAAAACCGUAUUGAGUUUCUGAGCAAAGCUUAUAAUUUGCUGCUUAAAAUGCUAAUUUAUUAAAGACACUUUUUCAGUCAGUGAUAAACUUUAAUAAAUUAUCUCCUCCAGUGUUGGAGGACUAAAACUC